GAACCAUUUAUUCCACACCAGACCAGAGACCUUUGAAUUCCCACACCACUCAUCAUGUUAACUUGGAUGGUAUUUGGGGCUGGACUUUUCGUAGGAUUGAUAGCCGGCCUCAAUGCUUACGGCCUUCUCACAUAUAAUAUUAAUACUUCUCUUCUGCAAUCACAACAGGAGAGUUGGGAUUCAUGUGAAUCCAUGUUAACAAGGGCAAAGACAGGGACUUCUCUGCAACACAAUAUGACGGAUACAGAGUUAUUUUGCCGGGCUUUGGCGGUUUCGUCUGGUGAAGAAAUUGUGUCUGAGCCCAAGAUUUCGUUUUUAUUCCUGGUAAAUGAUAAUCUCCCGCUUUUGCCUCUGUGGGAGAAGUUCUUCAGUGGGCACCAGGGGCUUUACUCCAUUUAUGUUCAUUCCAUUCAUGCGCGCUCUUGGAAUCUGAACGCAUCUUCUGUUUUCUAUGCUCGCACCAUUCCCAGCCGGGUGGUGGAAUGGGGAAGAAUUAGUAUGGUGGAUGCAGAGAAGCGACUUGUGGCAAAUGCUCUACUUGAUGUUUCCAACAAACAUUUUGUUCUCCUUUCAGAGAGUUGCAUUCCCCUCUACAAUUUCACCACAGUAUACAAUUAUCUUAUCUCCUCAAAUCUUAGCCAUGUGGAGUCAUAUGACAAUCCUGGGCGUCGAUCAAGGGGACGUUACAACAAAUUCAUGGCACCUCAAAUCACAUUAUCUCAUUGGAGGAAAGGAUCUCAGUGGUUUGAGAUUCAACGCCCAUUAGCACAAAUUUUUAUUGCAGAUAAUAAAUAUUAUUUGGUGUUCAAACGCUUCUGCAAGCCUACAUGUUACCCUGAUGAACACUAUCUUCCUACGUUGCUGAAUAUAUUUGAUCAAGGCUCUCUUAAUUCAAAUAGAAGUCUCACUUGGGUCGAUUGGACUAAGCUCUCUCCUCAUCCUGCACAGUUCAAAAAGAAUCAGAUCACACAACAAUUUCUUCAGAAAAUACAUGAUGAUGGGAUAAGUAGCAAUUGUACUAAUGAAUCUCAACCAGCAACUUCCAUAUACUUUCUUUUUGCUCGAAAGUUUCAUCCAAGUUCAUUAGAACCUUUGUUGGCUAUCUCCUCAAGAGUAAUGGGAUUUUAAUUCAUUUUC